AUGGCCUUGCAAUGCCUUCUGGGCUCUUACUCAUCCUCAUCCCUACCCCCAAGUCCCACCCCCAAGACCCCAAAACCCCCACCCAAAUCCUCCAUUUCCUCCCACCUCGCCACCGCUCCCGAUAACGACGACGACGACGACGAAAAGACCAAAAAGCCCAAUUUCGACUUCCUCAGGCUCUCCGUCACUCUAACCGUCAUCUCCGCCUCCCUCCCCCAAACCCCAACCUCACGCGCCGCCGUCAAGGACAAAAAGCCACGCGCCUCCAAGAAAUCCUCCGCCUCCAGAAAAUCCGAAACCUUAUCUCCUCAGGAGCUCCAGUCCUGGUCCCAGGGACUCCCCGUCGUCUCCAACCGCAUCCCCUACACUCAGCUCCUCGAGCUCAGCCGCGAAUCGAAGCUCAAGCACGUCAUCAAGCCGCCGGGGGUCGAAUUGCGGCAGAAGGCCCAGCCGGUCUUGGUUGUUCUAGAAGAUUCGAGAGUGCUGCGCACCGUUUUGCCACCGGCGGUGGCGGACAGGAGGUUCUGGGAGGAAUGGGAGAAGUUGAGCUUGGAGUCCUUGUGCGUCAACGCCUACACGCCGCCGGUGAAGCCGCCGGAGGUGCCGCUGCCGUAUUUGAGUUUCCUGGCGAAAAUGCCGGCGGUGGUAGCGUGGUUAACGAGGACGAGGAAGCCGGCGAAGAAGGAGAGCAAGAGGGCGGCGGAGCUGAGGCAGGCGAGGGAGGCGUUCAAGAUGCAGAGGAAGGAAGAGCUGGAGAGGAUGAGGAGUGAGAGGGAAAUGAUUGAUAGGGCGAUGAAGGCGCAGAAGAAGGAGGAAGAGAGGAGGUUGAGGAGAGAGGCGAGGAAGAAGAAGCACGACGAGUCGUUGAGGGAGGCUCGCCGGAAUUACUUGGAGAUGGCCAAUGUGUGGGCCAAUUUGGCUCAGGACUCGAAUGUGGCCACCGCGCUUGGGUUGGUGUUCUUUUACAUAUUUUACAGGACUGUGGUGUUUAGUUAUAGGAGGCAGAAGAAGGAUUAUGAGGAUAGGUUGAAGAUUGAGCAGGCCGAGGCCGAGGAGAGGAAGAAGAUGAGGGAUUUGGAGAGGAUGGAGGGGAUUGAGGGCGGUGAGGAGGAUGAGGAGGGGGAGCCGGGGAAAGGGGAGCAGAAUCCUUAUAUGAAGAUGGCAAUGCAGUUCAUGAGGUCCGGGGCUCGUGUGAGACGAGCGCAUAAUAAGAGGAUGCCUCAGUAUUUGGAGAGAGGUGUGGAUGUUAAGUUUACGGAUGUUGCGGGGCUUGGGAAGAUCAGGCUUGAGCUUGAGGAGAUUGUCAAGUUCUUCACCCAUGGGGAAAUGUAUAGGAGACGAGGAGUAAAAAUUCCAGGUGGGAUACUUCUUUGUGGCCCUCCUGGAGUGGGGAAGACUUUGCUUGCAAAAGCUGUUGCUGGUGAGGCAGGAGUCAACUUCUUUUCCAUUUCGGCCUCUCAAUUUGUGGAGAUAUAUGUUGGUGUGGGUGCUUCUCGUGUCCGAGCACUUUACCAGGAAGCAAAGGAUAACGCUCCAUCAGUUGUCUUCAUUGAUGAGUUGGAUGCUGUUGGAAGGGAGCGUGGUUUGAUCAAGGGUUCUGGUGGACAAGAACGUGAUGCAACUCUUAACCAGCUUCUUGUUUGCUUGGAUGGGUUUGAAGGAAGAGGGGAAGUGAUCACUAUUGCUUCCACAAAUAGACCAGACAUUCUAGAUCCAGCCCUUGUCAGACCUGGACGAUUUGAUCGGAAGAUAUUUAUCCCUAAGCCUGGUCUUAUAGGUCGCAUUGAAAUUUUGAAGGUCCAUGCGCGCAAGAAACCAAUGGCUGAAGACGUGGACUAUAUGGCUAUUGCAAGUAUGAGUGAUGGAAUGGUUGGUGCGGAGCUAGCUAAUAUAGUCGAGGUUGCUGCAAUCAACAUGAUGCGUGAUGGAAGAACUGAGAUUACUACUGAUGACCUAUUACAAGCUGCACAAAUGGAAGAAAGAGGAAUGCUAGAUAGGAAGGACAGAAGUAUUGUUACAUGGAAGCAAGUAGCGAUUAAUGAAGCAGCGAUGGCUGUUGUUGCUGCAAACUUUCCUGAUCUAAAAAACAUUGAGUUUGUCACAAUUGCUCCUAGAGCUGGUAGGGAAUUGGGUUAUGUUAGGAUGAAGAUGGAUCCUAUCAACUUCAAAGAGGGAACGCUUACUCGGCAAUCCCUACUGGAUCAUAUUACUGUUCAACUAGCACCGCGUGCAGCCGAUGAACUUUGGUUUGGUGAGGGUCAGUUAAGUACAAUAUGGGCUGAAACAGCAGACAAUGCUCGGUCAGCUGCACGGACGUAUGUUCUUAGUGGCCUUUCUGAGAAGAAUUAUGGUCUAUCUAAUUUCUGGGUGGCAGAUCGUCUCAAUGACCUCGACGUGCAGGCAUUGCAGAUUGUCAACAUGUGUUAUGAACGUGCAAAAGAGAUUCUGGAGCAAAACCGAAAGCUCAUGGAUGCUGUGGUCGAUGAACUUGUUAAGAAGAAGAGUCUGACCAAACAAGAUUUCUUUAACCUCGUUGAGUUACAUGGUUCGCUCAAACCUGUACCACCUAGUUUACUUGACAUCCGCGCUGCUAAAAGAAAGCAGUUCCAGGAAAUGAUGAAGCAAAAGGAAUUAGUUUCAGGUAGUAACUUAUGAGCUAGAUGUGGAGAAAAUCGUACAGCACAUUCUUGAUCUUUGACGUGGAAGCAAAGUAAUACAUGAGCUGCUUUUGGUACGUGUAUUGGUCAUUGAUUUUGAGAGCAUGUAUAUCAUGCCCUGAGGAUCGAAUGUAGAUGUGUAAUGCAGAUUAGGAGCAGAUAUAAAACGGAUGGUCAAGUAUAGAAACAUGACAACCUCAUGAGGGGAAACCCUUAAAAAUUCUUUUGUUUGAUUUUGUAAUCUAUAAUUUUUCAAUGGUUUGAUUU